AUGGACAUCACGGUUCGCGUUGAAGUGCAAUAUGUGGCGCCUGAAAAUGCUCUCAUUCGCGACGUGCUACAAAUGUUCCGCACACCCGCUUGGGUGCGUUUCAUGGUUCGUUAUAUCUCGCCGCACUUAAGAAAUGCCGCGCCUGCCGACAAGUCUGUCAUGGAUAGUCUCCCUUCCUGGAUUGUCAAUAAAAACAAUACUCUUAAGGUGGGCGCCAAGCGCGCAAUAUGCAAGGUAGCCGUCAGCUCUACGUGUGCACAGGAUUGUGUUAUCUGCUUGAGUGGCCUCGAGAGUGGUGAUGGAAAAUUCGUAUUGCUGCCUUGCGGCCACCAGUUUCAUCUAUUAUGUAUAAGCUCGUGGCUCAAGUUGCGAAGUACGUGUCCAAGCUGUCGGUUCCAGUUCCGUAAGGCCUUUUCCGGUAGUUACGCUGUGCGCACACUUAAUUCGGCGCUACUGCUCAAACAAGAGCACCGACCGUUGCCAAAGGAGCAGAUUCUUAACACGAGCGUAGGCCGCGAGACCAUUCGUGCUGUUGUUAAUGUUACGCUCAAUCAGAUUGAUGCGCACGCGAAGCAAAGUCAGUACCCGUGCGUUCUUAAUGCACUCAUGAUGCACUCAAAUGGCGACAGCUUUACUGAAACUGCGACAACAAACACUGCGCUGUCGAAGCAAAAAAAUAGUGGUAAAGGUGAUAAAGAGACCGAUGAUAGCGACAACGAGCAGCGUGCCAAGCGAAUGCGCAUAGCCUAG